AUGACUACCGAUACCGCCACCUAUAAGCUCAACCACACGAUGAUGCGGGUCAAAGACCCGCAGCGUUCGGUGGAGUUUUACCAAUUCCUUGGCCUGAGCUUGGUCAACAAGAUCGACAUGCCCGAAUGGAAGUUCUGCAACUACUUCCUGGCCUACAAUGGUCCGGCCUCCCUCCAGGGCGAUCGUCACUGGACCGAUCGCAACGCAGUGCUGGAAUUGACUCACAACUACGGUACUGAAAACGACCCCAACUACAGCGUGGUGAACGGCAACACAGAACCCCACCGCGGCUUCGGUCACAUUGCUAUCUCAGUCGACAACAUCGAAGCCGCCUGCAAGCGCAUCGAGGAUGCUGGCUACCCCUUCCAGAAGAAGUUGACCGAAGGCCGUAUGCGCAACAUCGCCUUCGCCAAGGAUCCCGAUGGAUACUGGGUGGAGAUCAUUCGCCGCUCCGAUGAGGAUCUCAGCACUACCACCGACCCGGGUAGCUACCGCUUGAACCACACCAUGCUGCGCGUGAAGGAUGCCGAGGCCAGCUUGAAGUUCUACCAGGAAUCUAUGGGCAUGACUUUGGUCCGCACCAUUGAGAACCCGGAUAACAAGUUCAACUUGUACUUCCUGGGAUACCCUGCCUCCAACCCCGAAAUCAAAGAGGACGCCAAGAAUGGAGUGGCCGAAUGGGAAGGUCUGUUGGAGUUGACCUGGAAUUACGGCACGGAGAAGCAGGAGGGCCCUGUCUAUCACAACGGCAACACCGAGCCCCAAGGUUUCGGUCACAUUUGUAUCUCUGUGGACGACCUCCCAGCUGCAUGCGAACGCUUCGAAAACCUGAAGGUUGACUUCAAGAAGCGCCUGACGGACGGACGGAUGAACAACAUUGCAUUUAUUUUGGAUCCCGAUGGAUAUUGGAUUGAGGUGGUACAGAACGAGAAGAUUAAGCGUACCUCCAACUGGUAG